GUGUGUCAGGAGAUAAAGCAGGGUUCUCAGGCUGCCAGAGUACACCCACCUCUGCAUUUGUGGGACAUUCCCAAUAAAACAAGUCCAAAACGCCUGUAAAGUCUGACUCUUGAAGAAUCCCCCUCCCUCCACCUGCCUGGAUCAUACCAAAACACUGUGUGGAGCAAGACAAGAAGGUACUGUAUCUGCAGGUUUUUACUGGACGUUGUACUGGCAAAACUAAUGAUCUUCUUUCUCAUGCCUCUGCUCGCUUGGCUGCUCAUGUCAGCCGGCAGUGCUCCAGUGACAACACAGCAGUCUUCUCCCCCUUUGGAGGAAGCCUUUUUGGAAAUGUCCAUCACCUCUAACACCACUGAGAUGACCAGAUGCAAUGACAGAAGGCUGUCAGAUAUUGCAGACAAGCUUCUCAAGGCUCUUAACUUGGAAAGGACCCCCAAAAUGAAUACAGAAAAGGCAGCCCGAUUAAGAGCGAUGUGGAAAGUGCAGCUUAAUUCUGCAUCCCAGAAUAGCCGUAAUUCAGGAGGAGCAAGUCUAGCUGAACAAAAAAGAAGGCAGGAAAGUAUAACCAGUGGAAAUGAAACUUCGCUGAGUAAUAAUUACAGAGGAAAUAAGACUAGAACCUGCUGUCAGGUUACAUCAGAGAUUUUUAUCCAAGAUCUGGGCUGGCAGUCAUGGAUCAUUUACCCAGAAUCCUUUUCCUACUCAGAGUGUGUGGAUUGUACUACUGCCUUGAGUACAGCACCACUUCAGUGUAGGCAAGAACUUCUGUCGGCAGACAUUUCAAUGAAGGAAUACUGCUGUAAAGCCAAGAAUGAAAUCCUGGUCCCAUUUGUCUACCUUGAGGAAGAUUCUUCUUUGGUUAUAAGAAAUGUACCUUUCAUACAGGAAUGUGAAUGCCAGGUGUAAUAAGGACCAUCUCCUGCCACAUUUCUCUUUACAAUGGCAUGCUUGGUUUUCUAUUUUCUCAGUUGUAAAGCUUGGGACACUUCUUUUCUCACUUUAUUGUCAAGAAGAAGACUGAAGUGGGAUGACUUCCUUAAUUUAUUACAAAAAAUAAUAUACAAGCCUAACCACUGCUUUUGUACAAUCUCUACUGGCUAUAAUUAGUAAACUCAUAACAGAUGAAAUACAGCACAGCACAUGCUUGCAAGCAACUAGGAACUCCAGUCAUUUUUUUAACCAUAUGGUUAUAAAAAAAGUACUUCCUCUUAUGUUUCAUUUUUCAUUGUAUGUCUGUGGUGGGAUAUCAGUUUUCUUUGCAACUUGCCAUUUUCCUGCUCCACAGGAAAAACGUAACCAAAACGUACCACUGAUUUAUGUAUUUCAUUGGCUGGGAAAUAUCACAUGAUCGUGUUGUAAUAAGCUCAUGGUUUGCUCUGUGGUGCUGGAUUUCAUUAUCAAGUUGGAAACAUUCAAACUGUUUAUUGUAUAUAAUUUAGUUAUUCAGAUGUGUCUACAUACAAAAUUUGUAUAAAACUAUCACAGUGUUUUUUUUUCCUUGGCAAUAAUAAAUAUGAAAACUUCACAUAAUAUAAUCACUUCAGGAGUAUAUCAAAUGUUAUGAAUAUAUAUUCUUUGAAUACAAACCCA